UAUUACGCACACUUAUUACUUUCUUCGACACUUGUUCAUUACUUUGAGCAACAAAGAGAUUCUUGGGAGAUCACUUCCCUCGGUUCCACGGCCUUUGCCUUGUUGUUUUAACUUAUAUAUGGCAUCCGUACCACACUGUCUUGUCUCAUUUUCUUUCUUUCUGUUUUCCUUAUCUUUUUCUAUUCUCUCAGUCUCCGAGCAUUAGUAUUUACUGUUACUGGGCACUUGUCGUUAAUCCCAGCCACUGUAGUACAUGUCCGUACAGACGAAUGAGACCUCCCCCCUUCCUUCAAAAAAGAAGCUCCCAAAAAGCAACAAGGGAGAGGAAGAAAAUCAAGAUAUAUAUAUAUGCGUGUGUGUUUGUGUGUGUGUGUGGAGAAAGCAACUUAAUUAGGGGGGCAUUAUUAUUAAUUAAUUCCCAAUUCCUAGGGAUCAUAUAUAGAGAUGAGCCCAUGUUCUGAAAAUCGUCUCCUGUGAAAUGAUCAUCAGUACGUACUGGCCGGAGAGAAGAAGAAAGAGAAGAAGAAGGAGAGGAGGAUGAUGAUGAUGAGAGGAGGAGGAGGAUCAAGUAGCAGCAGCAGCAGCAGGUGCCAAGACUGUGGAAACCAGGCCAAGAAGGACUGUUUGUACAUGAGGUGCAGGACUUGCUGCAAGAACCGAGGGUUUCAGUGCCAAACCCACGUCAAGAGCACUUGGAUCCCUGUUUCCAAACGCCAUUCCAGGUUCAAUCAACACUUGCCCAUGACUACUACUGUUCAUCCACAGCCAAACCCUAAAAGAUUCAGAGACCACAACCCCUCCUCAGAGCUGGGAGAGGUAGAUUUCCCGGCGGAAUUGCAUUUUCCAGCGACAUUCAAGUGUGUGCGAGUGAGCUCAGUGGACAACUCGGUGGACCAAUUUGCAUAUCAGGCAGCAGUGAACAUUGGAGGCCAUAUUUUCAAGGGAAUUCUCUAUGACCAAGGCCCUGAAAGCAGCAGUACUAAUUCAGCUGGGGAAAGCUCAUCGGCUGGUGCCCUAUUAGGUCAAAAUCAACCCAAUCUCAUCGCCUGUACAGCCUCGCCGCCUUCUCAUCCAACUACAUUCUUGCCUGGUAUGCAGUAUUUCCCCUACCCAAAAUCUUGAAAGCCGUUCUCUCUCUCUCUCUCUCUCUCAACAUUUUUUUUUUUUUUGAAUUUAUGAUAUCAUUGAGCUAGAAAGAAAGAGAAAAUAGAAUGAGAGAGGGAGAGAGAGGGGGGGAGUGGUAGGGGAGAGAGAGACAUAUCUGUUGUAUUUUUCCCAAUUCCAACGAAGAAUUUAGAUGAUAUAUCUUCUGUAUCUGGUCGGUGUUUUUAAAAAUGUUUUGCAUAUGGGGCUUGCAGUUUGUCUUGUCUUUAAUUAAUUAUUUUACUAUAUUGUUUCCGUGUUGAAAUUGGCUUGCUCUUGCUGGUUCCUGGCGUUCAUAUAUUUUAUCAACUUCAAAGCUGCUUUUAUCCCGGUUAUCCGUUUCUUUGCCGGCCUGGAGAGAUAGCGUGUUGCAAUCUCCAUCUCAGUGACUGAAUGAAUGGCCGAUUUCAUGAUUAUGUAUUUUUCUUCCUUCUGGCUGUAUAUUGUAAUUACUUCAUGCAUGGCCAUUCAAAUUCUACCCCCCCCUCUCUCUCUCUCUGUGAGACAGACACACUCACGCGUGUACAAUUAUGACAUCAAAUGC